AAAUAAAUAAACCGGAGAAACCUUAGCUCGUCCAGUUUUAUCUCGCUAUUGGCUGUACGCUACAGUUUACGCUGCGUGACCCGCCUCCUGAACUGGUUCCUCCACCGCCUGGAUUCCUCAACAGCAGUGUUUUUAUUUAUUUAGUGUAUUCGUUUAUCUGUUAAGCAUUUGCACGUUGUUCGUUAAGGUAUCGAAGGUCUUUCUUCGGUCAAAACGUUGUUUGAUGACCACGUUGCCAAGUUGUCACUGUGACCAAAUGAGGAACCACAGAGUCCGGAUGUGUUGCUGUGGCUUUUGGAGUUGACAAGGCCUUAUCAUACACCUCCUCACUGAUGGAGAACAAGAACUAUGAGAGAUGGAAGUCCAGGAUCCCGGAGUUCAUCCGGAGUGGUCACUCUGGAACUCUCAGUUGCAGAACUGAUGAGAGGACAAGGCCUGCAAAAGUCCAGGAGACCAAAGACUCAGACAAAGAGAGGAGUGGCUGCAAAAAGACAGUCACCUUGGCACCUGUUUCCAGGUAUAUGACGGAUAAAAGCCUCUAUACCAUGAGAAAACCACUGAUCUCUACACAAUAUCAGAUGCCCAUCCUGAAGAACUCCCUCACACAUGAAGACUCAGAGAGGAUCAGUUACAAAGCAGAUACCUCUAAAGAAAAGGACAAAGGUCUACCCACGCAGCCAUUCAGAAGUAUUAAAGAAGUUUCUCCAUGUUAUAAAUCCUCUCCACCAUUAUCAAAAGAUGACCUUGAUUCUUCCAUGAACAUGUCGGACCUCAAAGGGUGGUCAUGUGACGAGGAUACUAUUUUUAACACUUCAGCUGACAAACGCAGUCUGUCCAGUCCGCCCUCUGCUUUUCUGAGCCUGACAGCACCUCUAGUGCCUAAGUGGACAUCAAGUCCUAAAAGCACUUCUCGCAUGUCCAAUCAUAUGUCUCAUUUGAAGACAAAUGUAAGAACUAGAGCAGGUGAGAUUAUGGAUAGAGGAAGAGAUUCUCUUAUUAACACCGGAUCUUCUCAGUAUUAUAAUAAGAAUCAUCCACAUGGGUUCAAACACAUGUCAGCUUACCAGACCAACUAUUGGGCCUGUGCCAUCCCCAGCUCCAUGCCACCAUCCCCAAACCGCAAAUCCCCAAGCUGGGACCCUGACAAGGAAUACCAAGAGCUCUUGGACUACACGUACCCUCUGAGACCCAACAUGAACAGCACAUGGAGAUCAUCAGCGGUGGAUCAUCACUUGAGAACCGAUCCGCUGUUACAAGACUCAGGCAUAGAGUUGGACCGCUUUUGCAGCUCUUCCAGCUUGUCUUGCUUAGAUCUGUCCUAUACAGGGACUCGGCGACGUAGCCCAAGAACAAGCCAAAAGCUUGAAUUUCGACCUCUAAACCAAUCACAUUCAAAGUCCUCAGAUGGCAUCCUGUCCAGUAGUCUAUACUCCUCAAUUGACAAAGUUGGGUUGUCCUUUGAAAGCCUUGACUGUGAUGCAAAGUCAAGGGGUCACUAUCGCAAAUGGGGUGUCUUUUCGACAUAUGGAUCUGCCCCUACUUUUAUUAGAUCAACACGCAUCCUUCCCCGUCCUUUUUUGCAGGAUGAUUUAGACGAAGAGUUUCUUCGCCUACCAGAUCAGCUACAGGAACUUCAGGAGCUUUCACAGCAGCUGAGGGACAUUAGUGACCACAUGAGCCAACCGGUCAUCACUAGCUGGGAAUCUCUGGAGAGCGAGAUGACCUCCGUCAGAUCACCAACGGUUCAAGGAAUGCAGGAACCAUUGGUGGAAGAAAAGUGUGAUGAAAAUCCUAGAUCCCAGAGAGAAUCUGUUCCUGAUGUUCCUCUCACACACCAGGACCAUUUACUGAAAACAGAGGAACCUCCUACCAGUAUCCAGAUGAUUAGCCAAGACUUGAAUAGGAACAACUUGAGGGAAGUGGAAGCUAUUAUGGAUCAGCUGAGGGGGUUGUCAGUAUCUGAGCUUCAGGGGACAAUGCAAACAGAUGAAAAUGAGACCAAAGAGUCACUAAUGCAGCACAUACAGGCAUUUUGCUCAAACCUAGAAGUGCUGAUUCAGUGGCUGCACAAGGUGGUAGAGAAAGUAGAGCUUCUUUCUCCACCCACGGUUGAUCUGGAGAGUGUUAAAUCUUCCUUGGCUGAUUACAAGGAUUUUCAGGAGGAAGUUCAAGCUCAUAAGCCCCUCACAACAGAUGUCCUGCAGACUGGAGAGAUGCUUUUGCAUUGCAUGAAUUCAGCCUCUCCAUUUCUAAAAGACACACUGAUGCUGAUUGAGCGCCAGUCUCACACACUGGAAAUCCACUCUGAGUAUCUUUUCUCCUCUAUUCUGUCAGCCAUGGACUCCCUCACUGAUCCCACAUCUGAGGAAUCUUCAGAAGUGAUUUCCUGAGAAUUACCAGGAUUCUGGAAAUGUGAAGGCCUGGUCCACUUACUGUCCUCACUACUUGACUCGCACAGCAGUUAUCUUUGUUUUAUACAGUUAUCACGUUUACUGUCCAGAAGUGGUGUUUUUUGCUAAUCACAAGCUUGUGUUAUCUGUCGCAACAUAUUUUCACUUUACACUUUGAAUACGAGCUUGUGAGUUGUGAUUGUUUAACAUUUUAUAAUACAUAUUUGUGUCGCAUCUUCAAAAUUGUCCUGAGAUUAUCUAAUUUAUUAAUACUGUUCAGCUCUGCAGAAGAGGUGCACAGACAUGGUGCCAAUCGUGAGUGUGAUCUCAGGUUAUUAGCCAUUAAGUUUUAAUGGAGGCCAGUGCAGCCUUCAUUAGCAUCUCUGCGGCUUUAGUUUCCCUUCUGUGCCUCAAACAUAUAUUGUAUUUUCCGACUGAUGAACAGCGGGAUUGUUUUCUUAGCUGAAUAUACUGUACAGGUUAUUUAUCAGAUGAGUGUUCAUUAUAUCUCUAUGUCCUAUUGUGGUAAAGAGAAAUUUCAUCCAAAACUUUAAUUCCUGUCAUCAUUUACUUGCUUUUAUUAUGAUUUUCUUCUCUUCGCACCAAAGAACAGAUUUUGAAAAAUUUCUGGCAACCAAGUCAAAGGUUACCAACAUUUUUCAGUUUCUGUUUUUAUUCAAAAGUAACAGAAAUAAUGCAUGUUUAAAAUAUUAGAGGAUAAAUAAAUGUUGACAUACAUUUAAGGCUGAACUAUCUCUUUGGUUUGAAAAAUAAAACUCUACAAUACUGAAAUAAGUUCUACUGCAUCGUUAUAAAUGCUGGGUUCUACACAAAACUUUCAUGCUGUCCCAACAUAAAUCAAUUAAGUUAAUCGUUUUUACAAAUUUAAGUGGAUUAAACAUAAAACUAUUAAAGUUGCCCCAAAAGAAAUGUAAGAAUUGUGUUUUUUCAACUCAUUUUAAAUAAGUAUCUUCAGAUCACGCAGCAAAAUGGUGUUUUUUUUCCCAAUGUUUUGUUAUAUUUUUAUUUACAAACAUUUAUAGACUUCUGAUUCAAGAUUAACUUACUUUGAAAGUCAACAAGUUGAUACAUAUUUAAAUUUAUUUGCAUAUUCUAUUGACAUUUGUAAUUGUUUUAAAUGUAAAAUUAAAUUAACAUUCUCAAUGAAAUUUUUUCAAAAAACCAAACUUCAUUUUUCAUCUCAAAUGAAUCUUAAAUUAAUGAUGUUUAGAUAUUUGUAUUGACAUUUUUAAAUAGUUUGCAAUCAACUUUUAAUGCUAGAUUCAAAACUUUCAACUAUUUCUACUUCACCUUAUAUGGCCCUAAAUUGUGAAAUGCCAAAUUAAAGGGGCAUUUACUAUUUACUAUACUAUAUUUACUAAGUAAAUUUUGCCAACAAUGUUGAAAAUUGAAAGUACCAAAACAUACAUCCACAACCCAACACGAUCUUGCCCAUUUUUUUUAAACACUGCUAUAGUUAGACACGCCCCUUACUGCUGAUUGGCUGCAACUAUGUUUGAAACUGCAUACCAUCUGUACAUCUUUACUUUUGACAAAGUAAAAACUGAAAUAUACUCAAUGCAAGUCAUUUAAGCUGGAUGAAUUCGACAUCAAUUGAACAAAAACCUUGAGGCAGAAAACCUUGAGGCAGAAUGUUUUGGAGACGUUAAGCUGCAGAGAUCAUGUCAACAUGCACAGACUGAUGCGUAACUGUUUUUGCAUUGACAAGAAUGUCCUUUUUAACAAUAAACUUCUUUUUGAUACUUAAUAAAAACAUUGUUUCGUUUA